AUGCCAAAACUUAAAAAGCAACGAAAUCAUAAUCUUGGUUUAAUAAGAAGAAGGUGGUCAAUGGAAAGUGAAUCUGUAAAAUCUUCUGAUGUAUCUAGUGAUGAAGAACAAUUUAUGAUCGAAGAAAAUGUCAAUGUUGAUUCGAUCGAUUUCUUACAAGAUUCUAUUGUGGAUGAGAUUUUUGAUCUUUUCUCAUUUUGUAAGACUCAAAUCGACACUCGCUUCAUUAGUGUUUUACUUUACAUGACUUUGCGUUAUUUCGGUCAUUCCUGGCGAGUUAUCGAUGCAUUUUCGGAUAAUAUUGGUGGUACCACAGCAAAAACAGCUCACAAAUGGUCAAGCAUCUUGGUGAAGAAUGAUUUUGAUGAAUUUACACAUGAUGAAAGAGGAGGUAAACAAGGUGAUGCAUUUUGGGAUUGCUAUCCAGAUUUAGAAUUAGAAGCAAAGCAAUUUGUUUAUCAAGAAUGCUCGAAAACAGAAGCAACAUUUACAGCCGAAACUUUGGCACGAUUUAUUGGCCAACGUUUUUAUGAAUUAAAUAAUCAAAAGAAAGUCGAUCAACAAUUAGUCAGAUCACUCGAAAGUAGUAAAUUAGAUUUACGUCGAUUUGGUGCAAAAUUCACAGUAAAUUCAAGUCGACCAUACUUUCUUGGACAUGAACGAGAAGAUGUAGUGAAACAUCGAAAAGAAUUUGUCAAAUACUUCAUUGAGCAUGAACACCACUUUUAUACAAUUACAAAUGAUGCGGUGCCACAGUGGAAAAUACCAACAACAGAUCCAAUAAUUUUGCUUUGUAAGUGCUUC